GAGGGCGGUAUAUAAGCUGCCAGGGGCCAGCGGGCAGCGUUCACUUCUGGUGAGGCUCUCCUGGCAAGCCCCUCAGCUGAAGGAUCUCGCCAUGUUUCCGCUCCUGUUUCUGGCCUACGUGGUCGCCGUCAAGGUCUUCAAGAAGACCACCCCGAACGGCAAGGUCACAGUCUACCUCGGGAAGAGGGACUUCAUCGAUCAUCUCGACCAUGCCGAUGUGAUCGACGGAGUGGUGGUUAUCGACAACGAUUACUUGAGAGGCCGCAAAGUUUUUGGCGAGCUCACCACCACAUACCGCUACGGUCGAGAAGAAGAUGAGGUGAUGGGACUGAAGUUCAGCAAAGAGAUGCCUCUCUGCAGGGAGCAGAUCGCCCCGAAUCAGGAGGACAAACAGGAGUUGACACCAAUCCAGGAGCGCCUCGUCAAGAAGUUCGGUGCCAGCGCCUACCCCUUCACCUUCCACUUCCCGGCCAACGCGCCCUCCUCGGUGACGCUGACCCCCGGAGAGGACGACAACGGCAAGCCACUGGGCGUCGAGUACAGCAUCAAGACGUACGUGGGCGAGCACAAGGACGACAAGAGCCACAAGCGGUCCUCCGUCAGCCUGGCCAUCAAGAAGCUGCAAUACGCGCCGCCCAGUCGUGGCCACCGCCUGCCCAGUUCGCUGGUAAGCAAGGGCUUCACCUUCUCCAACGGCAAGCUGAACCUUGAGGUGACCCUCGACAAGGAGAUCUACUACCACGGCGAGAAGAUCGCUGCCAACGUCAUCGUCACCAACAACUCCCGCAAGUCCGUCAAGACGAUCAAGGUGUUCGCGGUGCAGCACUGCGAGGUGACCAUGGUGAACGCCCAGUUCUCGCGUCACGUGGCCAGCUUGGAGACGCGCGAGGGCUGUCCCAUCACUCCCGGCGCCUCCUUCACCAAGGUGUUCUACCUGGUACCGCUCGCCGCCAGCAACAAGGACCGCUAUGGCAUCGCACUCGACGGCUACCUCAAGGAGGACGACGUGAACCUGGCCUCGUCCACGCUGAUCGCCGAGGGCAAGUGCCCCGCCGAGGCCAUGGGUAUUGUCAUCUCGUACUCGCUGCGCGUGAAGCUCAACUGCGGCACGCUGGGCGGCGAGCUGGUCACCGACGUGCCCUUCAAGCUGAUGCACCCGGCCCUGGGCACCGUCGAGCGGGACAGAGCCCAGGUGCUGAAGAAGACCAAGAGCGUGGAGCGAGCUCGCUACGAGAACUCCUGCUACGCCACCGACGACGACGACAACAUCGUCUUCGAGGACUUCGCCAGGCUGCGGCUGAACGAGCCCGAAUAGGCGUGCACGAUGCCCUGACGAGAAGUGUCACGCUCGUGACUUGCAACCGCUAAAACACUAUCUUAGGCCCCUCUCACCUUAGUCUUUCACUCGCAGACUGUGCAGAAUCAGGUUUUCUUAGUUGGUUUGUUUUAGGAUUAUAGUCGUUUACGAUAAAAGAAACAGCUUGUUGGUAAAGUCCAGUGUCAUUAUUUCACAAGAUUACGGUUGUAUUUGUGUCAAAGUUUGUACGUAUGGAAAAUCAUUUACUGAAUUUUUAAACAAAAAGAGCAGGCAAAAAAAUUUCAGUAAAUGUUUUCGUAGUUCAUGAAAAUGCAAGAAUGUGUAAUACAUAUUACGAAUGAAGCAAGCUAAUAGAGGCAACUAACCAGAAAAAGCGUUUGUGAAAAAGAUCUGGAUAUGGAAAGAGUGAUAUGUUUUUGAUAGAAUAUGUUUUCCUCUUAGAGAAAAAUACAUACUAAUAAUGACCGCAGUUAAAACAUUAAAAAAACAAAUAAAAAAGGAAAAACUAUAAUUUAAAUAAAAAUAAAAAUAUGAUUCUUGCUUUAUAAAUUUUAAACAAAUCAACUAGAAAGGGCAUUGGAUAACACCAAAAAUGUCAGUAUUCAACCAAUCAGACCACAGCUUAGAACAGCUUUUGACUAAGAUUGACUCAAAAGAUAUAUUUUGUAGAACAGUGUAAAAUAGUAAGUUUUGAGUUGCAAGAAUCAGUACGAACCAAUCAAGCUUUGUUAUUAUGAUAUUCGUUUAAAACAAACACACACACACUCACCAGAAGUGACAUAUCUGUAAAUUCUGUAGAUUUAGUGUCAUAGUGUGUACAUUUUAUGCAUUUUUUCUUUAACUAGCUUUAUGUAACUAUAUGGACAUAAAAUGUGUUCACAGAAAAGUUGUCCAAUUAACCACCUGUUGAAUGCUUGAACACAUAUUCUUUAUUUACUGUAAUUUAUGUUAUUUUAGUGCAAAAUAAAAUUAUGAGUGAAA